AUUCGGGAAGGGUUUACGAAGUGGCACGAUUGCAGGGCUUUAGUAUCGGUCCCCAGCCCACUUCCCCUCGCAUACUCCGACGCACCCUGGGCUCGCUCGCCCUCUCUCCCGUUCAUCGCAGCGAGUCCCCGGCCGGGCGGCCAUCGCAGAUUACAGCGGCGGCCAUCGACGAGAUGGGUGCGCGCGGAGGCUGCGCGCGGCUCUCCCUGGCCUUUGCCUUCCUCGGAUGGCAAGCGCUAGGCACAUGGGCGGGCGGCCAGCAGUACUUCCGCGUGCGUCCCCGCGACACCCAGGCAGUCGAGGGACAGACGACCGAGCUACAGUGUCACGUGGGCAACCUGGCCGGACCCGUUCAGUGGAGCAAGGACGGCUUCCUCCUAGGUUUUGACCCGUCCAUACCAGGAUUCCCGAGGUACACAAUGAUCGUAGACAAUCAACGGGGUGUCUAUAACCUGCGCAUCACCAACGUCCAGAUGGAAGACGAGGCGGAAUACCAGUGCCAAGUGGGACCAGCCCACAAGAAUCAUGCCAUUUGGACUGCUGCUCGCAUCACAGUGCUCGUGCCGACCAAAGAGAUCGAGCUUCGCCACCGGGGAAAUGGCAGCGUAGUGGAAGUCAGAGAAGCCGAAAGCCUCGUCAUCGCCUGCUGGGUACGCAACACCAAGCCCGCAGCCAACAUCAGAUGGCUACGGAACUCCCUGCCACUCGCACAAGAAAAAGUGCUGACGAGAAAGAAUGCCUCCGGGGAGAAGCUAUUUUCCGUUUACAGUUCUGUCACGCUCUACCCAAAGCUGGACGACAAUCGAGCAGUGUACAGCUGCGAAGCAACGCAUCCUGCACUUGAGAGCCCACUGCAGGCGUCAGUCACUGUCAGCGUGCUAUAUCCUCCAGGUGCUCCCGAGAUCGAGGGCUACCACGAGGGCGACAUCGUGCAGGUCGGGGACACGCUCACGCUGGCGUGCAUCUCGCGCGGCGGCAAUCCACCGGCCUCGCUCGCCUGGAGCCGCGACGGCCGGCCGCUGAGGGCGCGCUACAAGGCGGCCUCGCGCGAAGCCACCAGCGCCUACACGUUCACCGUGACGGCAGCCGACAACAACGCCGUGUACCGAUGCGAGGCCAGCAACUUGGUCACACUGCAGCCAUCGCAGGCGUCGGUCACGCUUAGCGUGCUCUUCCCCCCCGCUCGAGUCUUCAUGACGGCACCCAAGGAGGCCAAAGCCGGCGACUUGGUGACCGUGUCGUGCACUACGGCGCCCAGCAACCCGGCGGCCGAAGUUUCCUGGCGGCUGGACGGUCGCGCCGUGCAGCCUGCUUCCGACCAAUCGACGGUGCAGAACAAGAACGGCUGGAUCACCUCUUCCAACCUCACCAUCACGUUGACAAGGCAGGAUCCCGACGUCAAGUCUUUCACGUGUAUAGCGGAAAACAACAAGCUGCAGGCAACAGUCGUCCAAACGGUGACAGUCAAAGUCAUAUAUCCCCCCCGCGCGCCUGUGAUAAUCGGCUACGACGAAGGCACCCCUAUCGUGGCCAACUCGAUACAGCGCAUCAAGUGCGUCUCAAUCGGGGGAAACCCGCUGCCAUCGGUCAAGUGGUACAAGGGCACCAAGGAGUACUCAUCGCUGUCUACGGUCACAGGAAGCGGAGUGUCGAGUGUGUUGGAAAUCAUGGCUCAGCCGGACGACAAUCAGGCGACGUUUCAUUGCAAAGCCUCCAAUUCGGCCACAACGGAACCUCUUACUACGUCAGUCAAGACGACGGUUCUCUUUCCUCCUAAAGUUGUUUCCAUAACGGUGGUUCCACAAACUCCCAAAGAAGGCGAUACGGUGGUGUUGACGUGCGAGUCCGGCAGUUCGAACCCGGAGAGCAGCAUCCGCUGGGAGCGCGACGGUCGCAGCCUGUCUGGCCAGCACCAGAGCCGCGUGGCGGCCCAGCACGGUGGCAAGGCGACGCGCAGCCGACUGCGGCUCAACGUGACGGCGGCCGACGACGGGGCCACGUUCACCUGCCUUGCCUCCAACCAGGUGCAGCCGGCGGCCACCAGGAGCGUGGCGCUCAGAGUGCGACACAAGCCACUGUUCCUGCACCCGGCCGUGGCAAAACACGAGGUGAAGGAAGGCGACAGCGUGCUGCUGAACUUGUCCGCGAAGGCUUACCCUUCGAAGAUAAGCUACGCAUGGACCAAGGAAGGCGUUGUGCUGCCUCAGGAGUCGUGGCGGGAAGCGCGUAGGGUUUUCCACCGAGCCUCGGAGCUCGUCAUCAACCACGCGCAGAAGGACGACAGCGGACGCUACGAAUGCGAAGCCCGGAACAGCGUCGGGUCCGCAAAGGUCGCCGUUGUCGUCAAAGUGCACUACCCUGCGCGCAUCACCAAGAUAACGGAGCAAGUGCUGGCCGGUGCGGGCGAGAACGCCUCGCUGGCAUGCGCCGCGGACGCGGACCCACUGACGGACGAUGUGGUCCGGUGGCGGCGACCAGGGUUCGACCUCAGGCACCGCGCUAAGCUGCUGCUCGAGCGCGGCCGUGCCUUCCUCACGGUGUUCAACGUGAGCAGGGAGGACGAAGGCCUGUUCGAGUGCGUCGCCCACAACGGACUCGGAAGCCACGUCGCACGCGCCGCCAGGCUUAUCGUGAAGUUCAAGGCGGCCAUGCUUCAGGCCCGCGAGACGACGCUGGCGGCCGAAUUGGGCCGGCCGCUGUCGCUGUCCUGUGCUGCCCAAGGUGCCCCGGUGCCCGCGUUCGUCUGGUCUUUCGGCAAGGUGUCGUUGGACGGCGGCGGAGACACGCGGCGAGUCGUGCGCAGCGAGCAGGAUGACGUGGUGCGCUGGAAGUCCACGUUGUCCGUCGAGAGGGUCGAGUCCGGCGACUACGGCCGCUACACGUGCACCGCGCGCAACGAGCUCGGCUCCGACUGGUCCCGCUUCACGGUGCUACCCAGGGGCAAACCCGAGCCGCCCACGGCCGUGCGUGCGCUGAACGUGAGCCACUCGAGCGUGCUGCUGGUGUGGUCUCCCGGCUUCGACGGAGGCCUCGAGCAGCAGUUCCGUGUGCGCACGCGGCGGCUCGGAGGAGGUCCGGGCUCCAUCCGCUACGAGCACACUGCUGCGGCACAGGGAGUUUCCGAGCUGCUCGUGAUGGGACUCGAACCCGGCGUCGAGUACGCGUUCAGCGUGCAGGCGCGCAACGCGCUCGGCGAGAGCACCUUCAGCCGCGAGUCACCCGCCGUCACGACGAAAGCGUUCAGCUGGCCUCACAGCGGAGCCGUCAUGGACGCACUGGGUGGACGCCAGGCGACGGUGGCACAGUACCUGCUCGUCACCGUGGCUGCAUGCGCCACGCUGCUACUCAACGGACUUCUGGCCGCCUGCCUCGUACGCCGCCGUCGGAGGAGGAGACGGCGGCUUGCCGCAUCUGAGAAGAAUUCUGUCGGCCCUUCAGCGGACAUGCAAUUCUGCAAUUCGGCAAGCCACGAGUCCACCUUCGACGGACACUCCAUGGCGACGAGUGAUGUUUACGUUGGCCACGCCAUAACUGAGAUACCUCCUAGCGAAGAAGAACCAACCAUUGAUGAGACCGAGCAGUGCUGCACCGGUGUCAUCUAUGCGCCCUCGGCAGCAGCCCUUCCACACGAGUCGUUCGACCAUAGUGAAGCACUGCUACCGCGAAGCUCAAGUCACGCACCGUGUGCGCAGGACUCCAUUGUGCGCGCAGUACCCAGCCAUCCGCAGACUGCGGCGGUCAGCUGCGUUCUCGGAAAGCUGGGCAGCCACAUGGUGUGACCGUGA